CCGGGCCCUGCCCGCGGCGCUGCCCCCGCGGCGCUGGGCGGGCGGGCGGUCCCCGCUGCGGCUCGGCGCCUUCUCCUCCUCCUUCUCCUCCUCCUCGUCCUCAACCUCCUCCUCCUCCUUCUCCUCCUCCUCCUCCUCUGGCCGCUGCGGCGCGGGGGCUGCGGGCGGAGCGGCGGCGCCAUGAGCGGGGCGGCGGCGGCGAAGAGCGAGAAGCUGGACGAGGCUCAGGCGCUCGCCCGCAGCUGCGCGGGCAGACCCGACUUCCAGCCCUGCGACGGGCUCUCGCUCUGCGCCACCCACAGCCACGGCCGCUGCUUCCGCCUACACUGGUGCUGCCACCUGGGAUGGUGCCACUGUAAAUACGUCUACCAGCCCAUGACCCCCGUGGAGCAGCUGCCCAGCACCGAGAUCCCCGUCCGGCCCCGGGAGGCCCCCAACACCAUCCAGAUCUCGGUGUCGCUCACCGAGCACUUCCUCAAGUUCGCUCCCGCGUUCCAGCCGCCGCUGCCGCCCGAGGCGCCGCAGUUCUGCACCAUCGCCGACCUGUUCAUCGACAACUACCGCGUCAAGUGCAUCAACGGCAAGAUGUGCUACGUGCAGCGCCAGCCGCCCGCCCCGCACAGGGCCAGGCCCGACGAGGCCUCCGUCCGCAACGCCUUAAUCACCAAGGAGAGCAAUACGCCAAAACCAGAGCACUGCUCGUCCCCCUCCAGCUCUGAGGACUCCGGCAUCAACGCCGUGGGGGUUCACUACAUGGAGUCGUGUGACGAGGACACGGAGGGGGUGGCCGAGCUGAGCUCAGAGGAGGAUUACAGCCCGGAUAGCAGCUGGGAGCCGGACGAGUGCCCGCUCCUGUCGCCCUCGCAGUGCGAGAUGGAAGUGAUUGAGACUAUAGAAACCACUGUGUGACCACACAAGGUGGCUUCGGCUCAGUCCGCUUCCUUCUCAGUAAUGUUGCUUUUGUAGUAUUUCUAUUUUCUGUUUUUCUGACAAUCCCUUUUUUCCGGUGCACUUGAUAUUUCAGAUUCCUGUCAUGGGAGCGCGGUCACAGGACUUACAUAUGGUGAACUAGCAGCAGCCUGAGCAAUUUUAACAUGUUCUCAGCCUGAUCAGCUCUCCCACGUCUGCACGUAAGGUAGUGACAAAUCUUAAGACUUUUCUAGCAGAAACCCUUUCUAGCAGGCCCUUUUGUUGGUCUGGGUUACCCCACACACAACUUCUCACACGAGGACGUGCCACUCGAGAUGUUUUCACCUGUCGGGUUGUUGGCAGGGGUCCCUCAGAGCAGGGGGUGCACGCCUGGAGCAGCAAACUGAGGUGCCCUUAGUCCCUCUCAAACAGCUACACGAGGCUCCUCCGGUCUCUGUCUGUCCCAGCGCCUUGUCGGCCUCUUCCCUAGUGCUGGCGUGGCCUCCUGCGAGGCUGGAAUGGCAGGCUAGAGAAUGCACAAAGUGCCUCCAACUUUUCUCCAGGCUAUGCACGGAGCAGCCGCUGAGCUAGGCCAGGCUCUGAAAUCUCCUGAGAAGGCAGGGCUCGCUCUGGAGGGGCGUGAGUUGCCUGAAUCCAGCUGGUCCCUUUUCUCUGCCUGGAUCUUGGGAAGGGGGUCUGGCUUCUGCAGGUGGGCAGGAGGGGGAGCAGGCACAGUGGGGCAUGGCCAUCUAACCAAUACCACACUGGACUGGGGAGUACCAGGACAGGCGAAGGAAGCGACUACCUCCGAACACCCGCCCCCAGCUCCGCCUCUGCCUCCUCCUGGGCUCUGUGGUGCCAGACACUCAGGACCAAACGGCCUCAGGGCCUGCACUUGCCUGAAGAAUAACAAAGCUUAAACAAAAAGAAUUUUACCAGCCACACCACUGUGUCGGCAGAGUUUGGGGACAGUGUGGAGACGCCCCUGGGAGGUGGCCCACGGGCUCGGUGGCAUCUGAGCUUGUUAAAAUACAGCCUAAGGUCAUCCUAGUGGAGAGAGGAGGCUUUGGCUCCUGCUCUGUGGCUCCCAGUCCAGGAGCAGAUUGGGAGCAGGGGUCCCUCACCCUGGUAGUGGAGCUGUCUCACAGGAGGUUCAGUUUCAGCCCUGCUUGAAGGAAACAAAAAUGUUGCUCAGAUUCCAGCCAGCUCCAGAGAGCUGGAGACAGUAACUCCUGUGUUCCCGCAGCGUUACUGCCCUUCUUUGUGUAGUUGCUGUUUGCGUUUCAGGAGUCCCUGGUGAAUCCAAGGCUGUAUAAACGUGUACAGUUAGUGACUGAUCCUAGAUUAUAGUCUGUGGUAGAGGAUGGCUCAUCUCUCACUGUAUCCUGACAAUGUAUUCCCAAUUUUAUACACUUUGUAAUCAGUAUCUUUAGAAGAUAGGCAACAGUGUAUGUCUGUGCACAUGCGCGUGUCUAGCAGUUUCCAUGGGUGGAUAUAAAGUAAUGCUGUACUUUUUAGACUAAGACUUUCAGACAAAAAUAAUAGGUUUUAUAGUUUUGAUGACUUACAUAAAAAUGUGCAAUGCUUGUGAAACGAGGAACUUGGGCCAUUGCAUGAACGGAUACAUUCUCACAAGGCACCUGAAAAUACUCUCUUUUUCUGGGCGCAUUUAAACAAAGGCCGUAGUAAAACUAAAUAGGAUUUAUUUCGUUUUUAAGGGCGGGGUUGUCUUUCUUGGCUAACUACAGUUUCUAACAACAUUUUUGGUGUCUUUGGACCAUUCAGACACAUUCCAUAGGUAGAAGGAAACAUUAUGUAUAAACCUACAGCAUUUAUUCAUAUUUAACCUUUCAAUUGUAACCUGAGUGGAGAGCUGACCAGGCUCACUCUCAUGCCUGGCUUCUGAGCUUUCCUCCCAGAAAGAGGAAGGCUCUUCCUCCCCUGGGAGCGGCUUCUCCUUCCCAGGCAGGAUGGGUGGGCUGGCACAGCACUUUCCCAAGGGCAGGGGGCUCCUCGCCAGCUCUCCCUAGGGCACCAAGGGCAGGGAGGGCGAGCAGGACUCCCCUGCCCAGCACAGCUCACCUUGUUUGCAGGCAAGCAGGAGCCACAGCCCUGCCUGGGCACUGGCCGGGAGCACGGUGACCUCGGGGGGUGCUGGUGGCAGAGACUCCACAGGGCCCAGAGGGUGCUGUCCCUGUCAGGAUCCAUUCUUUCUGAACUGUAAGUAAUUAGCAAUACCCACAAGCUGUGAGUGUCUCCUACCCAGGAUUUGUUCAGAUGUCUUAAGCACAAUAAGCUGCCUCUUCCUUCUGUUGUUCCUGGAAAAUGUCAGCGGCGCUCCGGGGAGUGCCGGGGCUGCUGGAGAGCGCUGGGGCAGGGCUCAGCCGCGGGGAUCUCCUGCUCCAUCACACACCCGGCUCGGGAGUGCUCCCACGGAAAACGGGGCUCCUUCCUUUGCACAAACACGGGUGUGGCCGUGUUCCUGCAGCCACGCCCUGGGCUGGCUGCUCCCCCUGCCAGGGAGAGGUGUGUGUAUAUUUCCUCUUGAAUAAAAUACUGAACAACUGGCCUCCUGCUUGUCCUGA